AUGAGCUAUCGCGGAGGACAUGGGAGAGGCGGCCCUGGAGGGAUGCAACAGAAGCCCCGUGGCGGUGGAGGGCCAGGAGGGAUGAACUUUCCAAACGAUAUGUCGCAGCAGCAAUUCGGAUACCAACAGCGAGGAUUUCCACCGAUGAUGAUGCAGCAACAGCAGCCAGGACAACCUAUGCAGCAACCACAGCCGCAACAGAUGAAUAUGAACAUGCCGAUGCCGCAGCAAAUACAGAUACCGCAGAAUCAGCAAGGAUCGCGGUCGUUCAUGUCUGGCAUGCCGUCACCGUCGCUUACACAGCCAGGAUCAAUGGGAUACCAGGGCACAGGAUCCGGUCCAAAUACAACCAGGUUACCCUUUGGCCCACCAAUUGGUCCCAUCGACCAAAGCCAGAAGUCACAUCACGACAUCUUGCGCAAGCACCAGGAAGAGUACGCGCUGAAGCAAUCCACACAAAUGGCCAUCACUCAGGCGCACUCGUCCACUCCAGGAACAUACAUUGGAAUGCCAUCCAAGCACAACAAUACCAUCAUCGCCGUCUUACCCCGGCUACCCAAUCCACAAUGA